GCUCUGAGGCUGUGGGACGUGUCGCGCCGCCGUGCCGCCGCCUCCUCCCCCGCCCUUCUCAGCGGUCCCCAGCCCUCUCCCUCCGCCUCCUCCUCCCUUGCCCGCAGCGGAGAGUCCCCUCCCCCAACCCGUCGGGCUCCUCCGCGGCUACUGCAGAGGAUUCAGAGCCGAGUCGCUGAGGAGGAGGAGGCUUCUGUCCCUGCGCGCCAUCCGCCACUCUACUGGACACGGGCGAGGGAGCGAGAGCGUCGCCGCUGUAGCCUCCAGAGAAGACAAGGGCAUCGCUGCUUCAGCCGCCGCCGCCGCCGUUUUCGCGUGCAGCCGCUCACCGGAUCCUCAGUCUUCCACAAUGAACCCUGUUUACAGCCCCGUGCAGCCUGGGGCUCCUUAUGGCAACCCUAAGAACAUGGCCUACACGGGUUACCCCACAGCCUACCCGGCAGCAGCCCCUGCCUACAAUCCCAGCCUGUACCCAACCAAUAACCCCAGUUAUGCUCCAGAAUUUCAGUUCCUGCAUUCAGCUUAUGCCACCCUGCUGAUGAAACAGGCCUGGCCACAGAACUCAUCUUCCUGUGGCACUGAAGGCACCUUCCACCUCCCAGUGGACACCGGGACCGAGAACCGAACUUACCAAGCAUCCUCUGCGGCUUUCAGCUUAGGAUAUACUGCGGGGACACCAUACAAGGUCCCACCAACCCAGAGUAAUACUGCUCCACCCCCCUACUCUCCAUCACCCAACCCCUAUCAGACGGCCAUGUAUCCAAUCAGAAGUGCCUACCCCCAGCAGAACCUAUAUGCCCAGGGAGCCUACUACACACAGCCGGUGUAUGCUGCUCAGCCCCAUGUCAUCCACCACACCACGGUCGUCCAGCCCAACAGCAUUCCCUCUGCCAUCUAUCCGGCUCCUGUUGCUGCCCCUAGGACCAACGGUGUGGCCAUGGGCAUGGUCGCGGGCACCACCAUGGCGAUGUCAGCAGGUACCCUGCUGACUACACCCCAGCACACCGCGAUUGGGGCACACCCCGUCUCCAUGCCAACAUACAGGGCCCAAGGAACCCCUGCGUACAGCUACGUGCCCCCGCACUGGUAAAGCCUACAGCCCAUCCAAAUCUGGAGUCACACAUUGUAUGCAACUACUCAAGUCUUACACCGGUGCUGGAGCAGCUUCCUAGCAGCACCACCUCUAUUUGCAAGAAGAGAGAAUGGAAGUGCAAGGGUCACUUUAUGCAUCUUUAAUGGUUUUGGUUUUUAUUUUUGGUUUUUGUAAAAGCUGCUUUUUCUAAUCUCCUGCCUCUCCCCCAUUGUGCCCUCUUAGCUGCUUCCCUUCCAGCUCCACCCGCUCCUCCUACCUGACCAGGCCACACCCCCUCUGCACUUCUUUUCUUCCUCAAGUGUCCUGUCUUCAGGAUCCCAGUCUCGUGGCAAGCAGAGAGUGGGUUUGUUGCAGUGGUUCAACUGAAGGCCAGGCUUCGCUGGAAAACCAUAAACAGAUGUGGCCCUCAGGUCUGAGGUAGGAACUCAGAGCUGUUGAACAGGCCACAUCUCUGGGCAGUUGUUCCUUUUCUGGUUUUUCUUAAGCAAGAUAGUUCAGGACAUUAUCAUGUCCUGACACAAAAGAAAUGAUGAAAUGUCUUCUGAGAACCAUCGCAACAGACCGAGAAUAAAACCAUCUGAUUAUGUAGGGCUGUAUUAGCAGCUUCAUACCCCAGGCUGAGAACCUGGGAAACCAGUCUUUGGGAGAACUGGGGCACUGGGGAAGGAGAGUGAAGAAGGGAAAAGAGGUCCUUGCCCUGAUGGCUUUGGUUUGAAAGGUCUGGUCAUAAUGUUUGGGCCUGGACCUUCUGAUUUGCACAAUGAUGUUAACUGACCUGGCACUUCCUCAAAAGGUGAUUUUGACCUCAGACCUGCCAAGCAGCUGCAGGGUAGCGGGAUCCCAGUGUCCCGAGGCCUUUGAAGGCCAGGUGCCCUGUAUAAUUCAGACCUCGGCCUCUGAGCCCUCAUGGACCCACUCUGAUGAGGAGAUUCCUCCUGAUUAGAGUGGGGACCUAUGACAUUUCUUUCCCAUUCCCUUCUGCCCUUCUGCUAGUGCCAGGGGUCACCCGUCUGUGUCCGUCUGUGGGGCUGACAGGCAGGCCAAGCUCUUGGUUACCUUGUGCCAUUCAUGGCCAAAGUGAAGGAACCACAUUCCAGGUGGGUGCUGGCAGCUCUGAAGGUCAGGAUAGUGAAGGAAAAGCAAUAGCAAUAAACAUUUCAUAGACUCAUGGUACUGAAGGGACCUUAGCAAUCAUCUCAUCCAUUUCCCUAUUUGACACAUGAGGAAACUGAGGCUGAGAGAAGAGGAAAAGACUUCCCUACAUCUCACAGUAAAUUAGCAUUAAAUGCAGCCUUCCUACCUAGUGGCAUGUCGCCUACAAAAAUGUACCUAGGGAUGGAUUGGCUUGGUUUUAUAAAAAUUAAGUCAUCAGCGCCCAUACCUGCUGAGCUCUGAAUGAUAUCUGGGCUCUUGUUUGUGCUUUCUCCCCCCAUGGACUGCAGAGGCGGUGGGGGUUGAAGAUGGGGCAGAGGCCAUAUGGGGGCAGGUGGCAGGAACAGAAAUUGCAAAUGAAGAAAUAGCAUUUGGAAAUUCUGUGAAGACAUCUGGAACUUCAUCUUUCACCUGGCUCCAUCCCUAGGAAAAGGAGCAGGUGGGCUGGCUGAAAAGGAGAGGCUGUGCUUUUAGGACAGUAGCCCUCGUUCUGAGAAGAGGAGAGUGGGAAGCAUCAGGAGAGGAGCACACGGGUGAGGCCCAGCAGACACGGGCUCAUCUUGGAGAAGAGGGACCCCUGGACAAGAAGGCCCUUGCCAGGCUCAGCCAGGAGCCAGGAUUACCCAGUACUACCCCUCUGUACCCAGCAUUUAGCUGGGCCAGCAGCCCCUCAGGGGUGGGGCAGGAACAUUUUACUGUACAAAAUGGGAUCACUGACAACAUUUGGGACUUUCAAAUAAUGAUCUUCAUUUUAAAUUCAUGUAAACUUGGACAUGCCUUCCCCGUCUCCUCCUAAUUGAAGAAAGACAUCAGAAACCUUUGGGCUAGAAGGACUUGGAAGCUGUCUGGCUGUACCCAGGAGGUCAGAGCCCAUCAACAUCCUUGGCCCAGAGUUGGGAGUUGGGGAGCCCACCUUCUAGAGAACUUUAGAACCAGUAAGAGAAAACCCAGCUGUUCUGAGUGGUCUUUUUUGGGGUGCUGGUGAGAUUUCAUUUUAAAAUAACAAUGUUUGCCAGUGUUAAUCCAUUUAUUUGCAAAUACCUCUUCCCACUCUCUUUGAUCUUGUAAAGGUGGGUGAAGGCUGUUCUAGGUUAUAUCAUAUGUGUUUGAAGAUGCCAAAAUAAUAACAGUGAUAAUAAUAAUAGGAAACCUUUACAUUUGUACAGGUGCUUCAUAGACUUCAAAGCACUUCAGAACCUGUAACUUACUGGGCCUGGGAGGAGAGAAACAGGGUCAGUUAAUCCACUCAUUUGACAAAUAAGAAAACAGGCUCUAGAAGGAAAGGGAAGGGACCCAAAGUGAGCUGGAGGCUGCUGCCUCCAGGUAGGCUGGGUGGAACAGAAAGGAGAAAAGAAAGAAAAGGACCUAGGAAUGACCUUGUAACUGCUGUUCUUUCUACACCAGUAAGUAAAAACUAAUAAAAAUAAAAAAUCUGUAUCUCACAGUUCACAGAGAAGUUUAAAUACAUCAUGUAGCUUAACCCUGAGAAGUGGAGACUCUGCCUACCAUUUGGUCCAUGAGGAAACCAAGGCUCAGAAAAGUGAAGAGACUUGCUAAGUAAGCACCGCAGCCACCUGAGUCCCAGGCUGUCUGCUGUCUCUUUCCCUUCCAGCCUCACCCUCACGCAGGCCCAUGUACUUAAGCAUCUGUGCCCCACGCCAUGUCCUUCAAGAUCAAAGAGAGGCCCCGGGUGAAGGUAAGGCAUUGAGAGGCUGUGGUCUGCAGCAGCCUAGUGUAGGACCACUUUUUCAGUGAGCACUGGAGGCCCAGUUCAGCCUGCCUCAACCUCUUGUUCUGGUGGAGACCCACAAGCCCAGCCAAGCUUGGGGAGUCACUGCAAACGGACUGAGCCCAGGAGAGCAGGGCAGUGUGUGCCCAGCAGGUCACAGGAAAAAGGUUCUGUUGGUUCCAUCCAGAGAUUCUGGAUGGUCCGGUGAUCAAGCUGGACAGAAGGUCAGAGCUGGAAAGACCAUGUCAUUUUAGGAAGAUAGGCAAAUCAGAGAGGACAGAGGACAUGCCCACGUGACCUCGCUGCAGCACUGGCAACUGUGUACGCAUCCCUCUCCUUCCCAUGCCACUGCCUGUCCCCAGGUCAACACCUUGGUGUCCGGGCUUGGGAUAAAAGUGGUUCCAUUCACCUCCAUGCUCCCUCUACUGCCUGACUGUCUUCACCAGCCUACGGCCCAGAAGCUUGGAAGCUGGAUUGCCUCCGAGUAGUGAUAGCCUGAAGCGUAACCUUUGCCACACUUUGAAAAAAAACAGAUUCCCAUGGGGUAGGCAGUUGCUAUUCCUUCUCAUCCUCCUCGCAACCGCUCUGAUGUGCAUCUCUCCUUCCCCAAAUAUGCAGCAGGGCCGUGUGCAACUGUCCAGAGCUUUUUUGGUAUGCAAAGUACUUGGACAUUGAUUGCCAAAAUUUAUAGAUGAAAAAACUAACGCUCAGGUUAAGAGACUUGACAAAGAAUACAGUUUAUAAGUGAAAGAGUCAUGCUCUGCUCUUCCUGUUGUCACAUAAGUCUCUGAGGGGCUUGAAGAAGGGAAGGGCUGUUUGUCUGCCCCACACAGAGGGAGACUUUAUGCGUACCUGGGAAGCUCAGUACUCUUAGCUGAGCAGAUUUUUAAGAACUACUUUGCUUUGGGACCUAUGAUGUGCUCUGGGGACCCAGAGGCAUAUCCAGCUGUUAACACAGAAAGCAUGAGAAUUUGCAACAAAGGCCUAACUUGAACACAACACCUUGAGAUCUCAGUGCCCAAUGUUCAAGGGCAGCACCAGGUACCUUUCCCUUGAAAGACCCAGGCAUCUUGGGAAUGCCUCUGGCUUUGUAAUGCAAUGGCCCGGCUGUUGUCUAGAUCCAGCAAGUUAGCAUUUUAGAGGAACCUGACAUCAUGGAGUCCCUCAGUUUGCUUUUUCAUGAGACAGUAAAUAAGUAGGCUCCAUACCUCCCCAUCCUUUCUUCUGGCCACCCAAAUUGGAAGUAUAUUCCCAGGUAUCUGAAGGCCCUUCCCUGAAGGGUUUGCUUUGUUCUGAAUGAAUGAAAUGAAAUGAGCCUUCAGAAAUGAAUCAUAUGGAGCAUAAAAGUAGGACAAGGCCCUUGGUCACCAAGUUCUGACAUCCUCAUUGUGUCAACAAGACAACCAGUGAGGCACUAGCUGAACCAGGUCUGGGGCCUUGCAUAUCGAAUUCCCUGGGUCUGCUUUGUGGAGGGAGCAGAGAGGCGCCGCCCACUCUGGCCCUGGAGUCUUCGCCACAGCAUUCUGGCUGAAUCAUUCACCACCAUGGCAGGACUCUUCGGAUGCAGUAGAGUACAAGUGUGCGGAAGCUCUGCGUUUCCACUUCAUACUGGGUGUGUGGCCCCUCGCUUGGCAAAUGGGAAUCCAGAUAGAGGCAGCUGGGUGUAGAGUGUGCAAGGGGGAAAGAGGGCACCUGGCUGGUGUCCAGGCCCUACCCACCUCUGAAAGGCAGAUCACUGGAAGAUCCCCAGCUAGGCUGAGCAGCAGAUCGCGCACCUGAACCUUGAAGCACUCGGGCGUGUGUGCCAGAUUGGCUGUAGGGUUUGUCCUUUACCCAUCCAAGUCUCCCUCUCCUAGAAAGCUCUUUUGAAAUUCAGCAUUAUGUUGUUCCAAGACCCAGCCUUCAAAAGUCCUGGCAGGCUAGCUUCAACAUUCCAUGUUCAACCUUGCCUGAGCUCGGCUAGGUCUCACUCCCUGAGCUUCUCCAGUAUUUUCUGUCCUGCUAUUUUCUGUGUGCUCUUGAGUCCAGCCCAGAGGCCAGCUUAAGACCAUAGGAGUUGGGACUGACUAUCACUAAGCCAGAGAAACACAACGGCACCUGUGGCUGCAUCGCCACUAGACACCCUUGCAGUGGAGUGAGUUCUACCCAUUCCAGUCCUGGUAGAAGGAGGAGUUUCCUUCCCAAAGAGAAUAGAUAAGUACCAGCCCACGGGAGUCAAAUGGGUGAAAUGAGCCUUGGGCCUGACCCCUGCAGGACCAGCAUCCUCCAGACGCCAAUCUUCCUCCUGAUGCUUAAAAGUUAGCAAAAGAGUUGGACAGGUCGGUCAAAUUGUCUAGGUCUGUGUUGUAACUCAAAUUCCUCUUUAGCCAGGGGGAGGUAAGGUCGGGCCUCCAGGAUCUUGGAGUUGUCUGUGAUGACCUUUGCAGGCCCAGGACCUGUCCCCUUCCUGACUUCUGCAUCCCUCUUUCAUAUCACAUGACAGAGAAGCCUGUUCUCAUGGCAUGUAACAUCCCUGUGAAGAGAGCGUUGUAUAUGAUUUUGUAUUUUUUAAUUCAUUUUAAUCUACAGGUUGGAAUCUAAUUUUUAAAUUUAUUGGAACUCACAUUUUAAAAGGAAAUAAAAACAUUUAAAAUAAUAAUAAUAAUAAUAAUAAACCUUUGACUGGUGUCUUCCAAGUAGUUUGAUCAAAGAAUUUAAGGUGUUUUCAAAACACAACCUGGAGUGUAAAGAUUGGAAAGCCCCAUGGCCUCGCUUGUGUGUAUGAAGUGUAAAUCUGGUUUUGUUUUGUUGUUUUGGAUUCUUUUGGGUUUUGUUUUGUUUUGUUUUGAAGAUCAGAUAGUGAUCACUAUGAAAGACUGAAGCCAAGAGUUUGUAACUAUGAUAUUUACUGUAAGCUGUAGAACAUUCAAUAACUAUUAAAAAAGUUUCCAAAAAAAAAAA